AUGGAGGGAGCACAACAUACUCGGCUUCAGCAUGAAACAAAAGGUAGUUGGAUGGACUUUGGAAAAUCUGUUUACUCGUCAGGAGAGAUUUUUAGUCUCGUGAUUGUGGCAGGCGUAGUCGCCCUUGCAACUUGCGAUGUUGCUCCUCUGCAUCAUCCGAAACCUCUGAGUCAUCCUCCUCCAGGUCUUGUACACCAUGGUCUCCCCGUGCAUCACGCCUCCCCCUUGCCCCACAUUGCCCCUGUGCACCCCGACCACAAACGUCCACCUGCCCAUCCGCAUUCCUCCCCCGUCUACACCUUCGACCACGCCGUCCGCGACGACGCCGCCGGCACCCACUUCGGCCACUCGGAGGCUCGCGACGGCUACAAGACGGAGGGCAAGUACUUCGUGCACCUCCCCGACGGACGCGUCCAGACCGUCACUUACCAUUCGGACGAGAACGGCUUUCACCCCACGAUCACUUACGAAGGAUUAGCUCACCAUGAGUCGCACGUUCCGCCCCACCACACCCCUACUCCAGCUUAUCAUAUCACCCCUACGCCAGGCUACCACACUCCUACACCCGGCUACCAUCCCCCUACGCCAAGCUACCAUCCUCCUACGCCAGGCUACCAUCCGCCUACGCCAGGCUACCAUACCACCCCUACGCCAGCUUACCAUGCCACCCCUACGCCAGGCUACUACACCCCAACACCAGCAUACCACGGACCCGAACCAGCAUAUCAAGCCCCCAGACCAGGAUACCACGCCCCUACGCCAGGUUACUACACCCCUUCCCCAGAGUACCUUAUCCCUAGGUCCUACUACGGUAAGUCCACGCCUACAUACGGAACCUUUAAGCCAAUUCACCGCCUCGCAUCCGUGGACCAUAUUCCUGGCCCUGUUUACUUCGAUCCACUGCCUCUUCACCAUGACUAAACGAACUGUUAUCAAAGCUCUUGUAUUAAGUAUAUCCCUAAGA